CCAUGGGCGCCUCCUGACUGACUGCGAGUCCCGCGGCUGAGGAGCGUGACGGAGAGAGCCCCGCCGGGCGGCGCUGAGCAGGCAGGGCCGUGUAGCCGUCUCGGGGCUGGGUGCGGGCCGGGGGGAGCUCAGCGGCCCGUGUCUCCAGGCGCGGGAGGGGUCCGUGCGCUGCCCGGCCCUGUCUCCCGGGCUGCUGUGAGCGUCGGGCGCCGGGGCCCGGUGGGGCCCGGUGGGGCCCGGACUCGCUCCCUCGCCCACCCCACCCCACCCCGCCGCGGCGGCGACGCACGGAGGCGGCCGCGGCCCCGCUGCUCCUGACCCCGCUGCUGCCAGCUCGCAGGGCGGCUCUGUCCAGCCGGGGUCUUCCCGCCAUGGAUCUGCCCGCGGAGAAGUGGAAGGCGCACGCCCGUCGGAGGUGGGCCUCGCUGGAGCCCGGCCUGCGGGAGCAGCUGUCUCUGGCCGUGCCGCCUCGGGACACCUUCCUCCUCUGCCUGCCUCUCUUCCAAGCCGCGGACGAAGAACUUUUGCGCAGACUGGCGCUCAGUAACGGGGUGGGAAAGGAUCCGAGAGCUGCCCUUUUCUACAAGCAGGAGGGGAACAAGAGGUUUCAGGAAAGGGAAUACGCGGCUGCACGAGUCCUCUAUUCCAAGGUAGAGGUUCCCAGUCGUUCACGCCGAUGGAAACACGGGUGCUUUGAGGGCACUUCAGCCUCAGUUCAUCUCCCGGCAGUGUCCCACAACAGCCCAGAAAUGUCAUUGUGUUAUGCCAAUCGCUCUGCAGCCCUCUUUCACUUGGGUCAGUUUGAGGAUUGUCUGGAAGACAUUGACAGGGCUCAAGCCCAGGGCUAUCCAGACAGAUUGCAGCCUAAGAUCUUGCUGCGGAAAACUGAGUGUCUGCUUCUUCUGGGAAGAUUACAGGAGGCAGCAGGGGUCAUCAGCAAGGUGGAGAGUAAAAUAGCUAUGGAUCAGAGUCUGACUAGUACCACACGCCAGAUUUUGCUAAGAAAAAUCAGCCAACUUAAAGUGAAAGCACAUGAGAAGGAGAGUAGCCCACUAUCGGUGCCGGAAGCACUCAGCAAAACUCAAAAGGACUUGGAAUUUUGGGAAGAAAAUGGUAAAAUUUCAAGUGCAUCUUCAUCUGUGAGCUUGAACUUUAACUCCUGCAAAGGACGUCAUCUGGUUGCCACCAAAGAUAUUCUGCCAGGGGAGAACUUGGUGAAAGAGGAGGCCUUUGUAAGUGUGCUCAGCCCAGGGAAGGGUCUGUUGCUCCAGGACAGUGCUGAAACAACAUGGGAUACUAGGGUAACUAAUGGGGACCUCCACUGUCAUCGCUGCUUGAAGCAGCUCUUGGCUUCAGUGCCCUGCAGGGGGUGUAGCUAUGCCAAGUACUGCAGCAAGAAGUGUGCACAGCUGGCAUGGGAGCACUAUCACAGUACAGAGUGCCCAUUAGGGGCACUGCUGCUCACACUAGGGGUCUUCUCCCAUGUUGCCUUAAGAACUGUUCUAGUGGCUGGAUUUGCAGAGGUUAGCAGCUUAGUGAAGCAGUUUCAUGGAGAUGACAAGGAACUUUACAAGACUGAAGCCAGAGGUAAGAGUCUGGAUGAGACACGAGAUUCCACAGCUGGCAUGGAGGGUCUCUCUGAGAAAGCAAAGCCUUUGAUUCCUGGUUGUGAGGAUGAUGGACAGUACCAGGGUUCUUACCAAGCUGUCUUCAACCUUUUGACCCAUGCUGAAAAGCACAGCCCUGAACACAAGUUCCUUUGCAGCCUGAGCAUAAUAGCCAUAUGCAAGAAACUGCUCGACACAGAUCUGACCAUUUUUAGUCAGGAGUCAUGUGAGAGCCAGUCCAAACUGAAAGCACAUGUGAAGUUGUCUGCUGAAUUGUCUCCGGAGCUGAAGAUUCUGGGAGAAGCAAUGCUGAGGCAUAUGUUGCAGCUGCAAUGUAAUGCUCAAGCAGUGACUGCAAUCUGGGAGUCAGAGUCCGGAGACAGCAUUGUUGCAGAUAGUGAGGAGGUGCGCCUGGCCACAGCCCUCUUCCCUGUCACCAGCCUCCUGAACCAUUCCUGUGACCCUAAUACUAGCGUGACUUUCAGUGGGACUGCUGUCACAGUCAGGGCAUCGCAGCCAAUCCCAAGAGGGCAAGAGAUUUUCCAUUGCUAUGGGCCUCACCGAUGCAGAAUGAGGGCUGCUGAGAGGCAGCAACGGCUCCUUUGUCAGUAUUUCUUUGAGUGUCAAUGCCAGGCCUGCCUGGAUGAGUUGGGGUCUGAUGUCACAGGCAUAGUAGCCACAACGGAUAUAUUCUGCUGUUCCAGCUGCCAUGCUUCAAUGCAGGGGGAAGCUGUGCUUCGCUGUUCCAGUGGUGCUUGUACACUCUUGGUUGGCAGGGAUUACCUCCUACACCAGUUAUGGGACCUUCAGCUGCAAGUUAAAACAGCACUGGGACUUCUCCAAGACAACCAGCCCAAUCAGGCUGUUGAGCUGCUGAUGAGGUGCCGGAUGGAUGCAGAGAACUUCCUGUCUGCAGAGCACAUGCUGGUGGGCGAGAUUGAGGAUCACCUGGCACAGGGUUAUGCCACACUUGGAAAGUGGCAGGAAGCAGCGAAGCACCUGCAGCGCAGCAUUCAAAUUGUGGAAACUCGCCAUGGACCGUCCAGUGUGGAAACAGGUCAUGAACUCUUCAAACUGGCGCAAGUCCUCUUUAAUGGGUUUGCAGUGUCUGAAGCUCUGUGCACAAUUCAAAGAGCAGAGACAGUUUUGUCUGUGCACUGUGGCCCUCAGAAUGCCCAGGUCCAGGAACUGCAGGAGAUGAGAGCCUGUCUGCUGGAGCUGCCCAGAAACCUCCUUCACAGGGUUGAGUGACUAACAAAGGAAGCUGCCAUGUGGCAGGGCAGCCAUGCAAACAAGGCCUGGCUACAAGCUGGGUGAGCUCUGAAAUGUCCCUAGGGAGGGCCAGGGAAUCAAGCUGAUCACUGCUGACAUGGGAGAGGACACCACUGUGGUACUGACAGAAGGGCUGUCUCAUAGAAAUGAAUGUUGCUGUAGAAUUUCUUAACAUGCUUUUGAGAGCCCAUUA